AUCUUCCUCUUUCUAUGUCAGCCGAGUACCACUCUAGACUACUGAGUGGGUCACCGUCAGUAAUGAGUGUCAUCCAUCGCUUCAUGGAGUCAGAAGAGUCCAGUUGUGUCCAUAUUGCUCUCUGGAUCACCUCCCAGUUCUCUCAGGGAGACAUGGGGACGAGGUCUCAGUUGAGACAGCCUGCACUGCUGGACAGAGUGAAGCAGCUGCGAUCAUCUCAGAGAAGCUCAGAGGACAUCAGACAACUGGCUGAGUCAACUCUCGGUCAUAUCACGGCUGGUCAGACUGAACCAAGCUCAUGAUAUUUAUAAAAACCACCUAAACUCUGACACUCUGAUUCAUCACAAGACUUGAUCUCUAGAAAUUCAUCUUUUAUGUCUCUUUAAAAUUUUAGCUACAGGUAUGAAUAUUUGUGUGGCUAAAUUUUGUAGCCAAUUUGUGUGUUUAAUAAGAUUCUCCUGUUCAGUUGCUGAAUUUUAACUUCAUUUUUAACCCUCUGCGCGCAUGCGCAGCAAGGGUUAUAGCACACCAAGGG